AUGAGCACAUCUUAUGGAUUGCAUGGUGAACAUGUUAGGAUAUAUCGUGAUGAAGGUUGGUAUGAGGGAGGUUGGGUAUAUAAUCAAAUGCAUGGAAUGGGUUUAUUAAAAUGGUCUGAGGGACAUGAAUAUUAUGGAAAUUGGAAAAAUGAUGAAAGAGCUGGAAAGGGUAAAUUUAAAUGGGCAAAUGGAGAUGAAUAUGAUGGAGAUUGGAAAAAAAAUGAAAUGCAUGGAAAGGGUUAAUAUAAAUGGGCUGAUGGACGUAAAUACGAUGGAGAUUGGGUAUGUCAUCAAAUGCAUGGAAAGGGUUAAUAUAUAGACUCUAAUGGAAAUGAAUAUAAAGGGGAUUUCUAAAAUAAUAAUAAACAUGGGAAGGGUAAAAUGAUAUAUGCCGAUGGAUCUGUUUAUUAUGGAGAUUGGUUAGAUGAUUAAAGACAUGGAUUUGGGGAAUAUGAAUCAGCUAAUGGUAUAUAAUAUAGUGGUGGAUGGUUCUUUGACGAAUAAAAGUGA